AUGGAAAAUGCUUUUGAAACUCUGUACUGCGCUGAAAAAUACGGGAUUCCGUCGCUGUUCAACCACUGCUCCCAGUUUAUUGUCUGCCGGUUGGACAGCAACAACUGCUUGAUCAGUCUGGAAAAGGCAUUGCGCUUCGGUGCCGACAGUGUGAUCAAGGGUUGCCUGGAAUUCAUCGACGCCAACUGCAAAGCAGUGCUGGAUACCCCAGAGUUCAUAGCUGUCCGACACGAGAUCCUGGAGAAGAUUCUGCAGCGCAAUACGUUGGCCGUGGAUGAGAAUACGGUUUACAAAGCGGUCGAAAGAUGGGCGGCGAACGCUUGUGCCGAGGCCGGAAUCGACAGUUCCGCAGAAAACCGGCGUCAGGUGUUGGGAAAGGCGUUGUACCUGGUGCGCUUUCCACUGCUGACGGAUGGGGAAAUAGCGAAUGGUCCGCUAAAGAGCGGAUUGCUGUUGAAGGAGGAAUUCUGCGCCAUCUACGAGUAUCUGUAUAAGCACGGCGCCGACAAGCCGCACAUUCCGUUUCCGGCUACGCCGCGCGUUCAUCUUUUGUCAGACCAUCCGGUGCGACAUGCCAGACAGCGACCCAGUACAUUUUUUUAUCUUCCGCGUCGCCGAUGA